CAGGUAGAAUUAAAAAAAUUGUUAAAAAAAACAGUAAAAAAAUAAACUGUCAUAAUAGUCGCAUAACCUCAAUUUAUGUAAUACUUGGGCAAUAAAAUAUUUUUUUUCAACUUUUAUUUUUUAAUCAACACAAUGACAGUGUAUUUAUCAAGAAUUGCGUUUAAUAUGCUAAGGACAUCUUCGGGAAGAUGUCUGAACGUAACUAUUUCCACCGAGACUGCUUACACCAAUUCAAACAUUUUCUUUUCAAAAAACGAUUUAUUUUCCAUUGUCCGGAGAGGAAAUGUUAGAAAUUAUUCCAGUGAUGCUAUCCAUCCUACUGCGGCAUUGGAAAAUUCGAGUAUACCGUUGAAAAAGAAGACUAUUCAUAAAAAAGCGGCAUUGGCAGAUUUGCCGCAAAAAGAGGGACAUUAUUUGACGAUGGCGUAUGCCACGGCCAAUUCAUACGAUCUCAAGGGCCUGAAGGAAGCUCUUCUGCAACAGAAGCUGUACGAACCCGGAACACUGCAAGCCCAGGAGAUAGGUGAUGUGGUGGUCGCCAAUGCUGUAUACAGAGUUGGUGAUGAGCCACGCGAGAUCAUAUUCUUCAGUGAGGGUGCAGUUGUUUUUUGGAACUGCUCCGAGUUGGAGGCGUCCAAUGUGUUGGAUUUCAUUAAAAAAUACGAAAUCGAGAGCUACCCAACAGAAGUGGUGGAUAGAGAGAGAGAAGUCAUGAGUUACUUUUAUCAACCAAACGCAAAGAAGUGUUACUUGCAAGAGUCGUGCUUUGUAAUGGUGCCAAAUAAGGAUAAUUCUCUGGAGAGGUAUACCUUCAGCCAGGCGAUGGCGCAGUCGGCGCGGCUGGGCGCGUGGGAGGCGCGGCUGGAGGCGCUGGCGGCCGCCGUCAGCUACCACACGCGCCGCAUGCGCCGCACCGGCAUCGCCCAGGUCGACAAGAAGGAGGUGGUACGCAAACUGGGCGAGCUGUUCGCCUUACGCCACACCCUCAACGUGGAGUCGGAUCUGCUGGACACGCCGGACUUCUAUUGGGAGCAGGAGGAGCUGGAGCGCCUCUACUCCAGCACCGUCGCGUACUUCACCAUACCGAGGAGGACCAGGGUUCUGAACGAGCGGCUGGCCCACUGUGUGGAAUUGCUGGAGCUGCUGUCCUCGUGGGCGGCGGACAGGCACCACGUGCGGCUCGAGUGGAUGGUGAUCGCUCUCAUCCUGGCUGAGGUCUGCUUCGAGCUGAUGCACUUCUACGAGAGGAGUCAUACUCGGGAACGCCCCAGAGGCUUCGACCGUCCUACCUUCACCAGCGAACUGGAAGAGAAUCUAUUCCAAGACUUAUCAAUAGUGGACACGUAGGGGAAUAUUAAGAGAACGUGUUUUAAGUGUUGCGUGUUCAAAAUAUUAUCAAGGACUAUCUUAGUGCAUGAAGAGAGAAUGGCAACCCCACGUGCUAAUGGUUUAGUGAGGGAUGAGUUUUUAAUAUACAUGAAUUUACUGGGUACGGAGGAAUAACACCUGAGUCCUCAGGAAUGGCAACGCAUGGGGGGUAUCAUGGGCGAAACAGUAUACUCUGUUAUGUCCAUGGUACUGCUCAUGUCUAUAGGCGACGGUUAUCACUUUCCAUUAGGAGGGCCGUCAGCUCGUUUGCCCUCUAAGUUGUAUACAAAAAAUGUGUAAAUGGAAUGGUAACCCCGCAUGCGCUAUCGGUGUACGCUGGCGGGGCACCAGUGAGAGAUGAUUGGUGAGGAUGAAAGCAGAUAAGUUGGCUCACAAUGAUGAAUUCUGCUAGAAUCCACCACGGUAGUUUCCAAGUGAAACCGCGUGGAGGUCGACAUGAUGGGAUACGUUACAUACUAGCCAUGGGGCUAAUAGACUUUAUUAACCCUUUGAUCGCGUAUUUUUCCGCUUCAUUUCCGCACUUUGCUUUGACAACAAAUAGCAGUACGGGAUGCACGCUCAGAGGGUUACAAUCCAUGUGAUGAUAGGUGAGGAUGAAGCCAGACCAGUUGGUUCAACGUGAAGAAUUAACCAUUAUACAUGCCAGGGAGGGAGGCCACGUAGAGGUCGAUCUGAUGUGGUAUUUUUUUUUUUAAUGGAAGACAGUGAAAUGGUUACCCCGCCUGUGUUAUCAGCAUACACUGACAGGGCACCAGUGAAGGGUGAUAGGUGAGGAUGAAGCAGGUCAGUUGGCCCAUCGUGACGAAUUCAACAAGAAUUGUUCACGAUGGUUUCCAGGGGGAACCAUGUGGAGGUCGACCUAAUAGGGCUAUAUUGUUAUCAAUGGGGCUGUCAAACUUCAUUGCUAGCAAUCCCUCCCCUUCUAUCGACGAUCUUCAUGGCGCAGUGACUGUGCUUUGCAUAUUUGAGGUCCCGUAUUCGAAUCUCUGUCCCGCCAUUUUGUUAUAUGAUAUUUUCUAUAUUUGCCCAUUCAUGACUGGUUCUUAAUGGGUGAUAAUGGAAUGGUAUACGCUGGCGGGGCACCAGUGAGGGAUGAUAGGUGACGGUGAAAGCAGGUCAGUUAGCCCAUCGUGACGAAUUCAACAAGAAUUGUUCACGAUGGUUUCCAGGGGGAACCAUGUGGAGGUCGACUUAAUAGGGCAUAUUGCUAGCAAUGGGGCUGUCAAACUCCAUUGCUAACAAUCCCUUUCCCCCCGCUCAUGGUUAGGUUAGGUAUAUAUGAAAUGUCGGUAGGUUUAGUGUUAAAAUAUUUGGUUUUAAUGUAAUAAAUACCGGUUUAAUUUAUCUCUGACGGUCCCCGAGUGUCUACAGCUUGCGCUCAGUGAGCCGAGGCGCGCAUUCAGCCUCGCGCCGCGUCACAGCCGCUCAUGAUUAAGGAUCACGAAUUGAUCCUGAAACUAGUCUAACUUUCUCUAGAUAAUUAUACUAAUAAUAGGAUCUUCAUCGUGCCUCUAAUCAAACAGUUUAUAAUUACUCCUCACCAUCCAAAGGUUGCCUGGAAGAGAUCGCUCUUAGCGAUAAGGUCGCCCAUUGUUCUCUCAUUGUGAUUAUUUCUUGUAAUCGUUUAUAUCGAUAAUAAGUUUACUAUUGUAAUCUUAUGGAGGAAACAAUAAAGAGUAUCUAUCUAUCUAUCUGUGUAUACGUAAGCUAAACCGGCAGUUAUUAUAUUAAAAUAUAAUAUGUCCUUUGUAAAAUCAAAUGUUUGCUAAACUCUUAACAAUAAAAUUGAU